AUGACCACCCCCAGCCAACAACACCCGGAACUCGCGGAAUAUGGACAAUGCCCUCUAACCGCAGAGGAAGUCCAACAACAUCCUGAGUACCCACACGUCCACUGGGACCUCAAACCCACCGCCUCGGACAAGAUCGAUGUGGCAAAAGGUCGCGGCGGCCCUUUCAAGCUCGCAUACGAACUACACGGUCACGGGCCUCGCCAUGUCAUCUGGAUCAUGGGUCUCGGCGGGUUCAUGAAGACCUGGCAGCGGCAGACGAAGGACUUUGGCCAUAGUGAGGCGGACAAGUAUACGUGCCUUGUGUUUGAUAAUCGAGGUAUGGGGCUUAGCGAUAAGCCCUUGUUGCGGUAUACCACUUCGGAAAUGGCGAAAGAUGUAAUUGAGCUACUUGAUCACGUCGGCUGGACUGAGGAUCGGAGCGUGCACGUCGUUGGUAUCAGUAUGGGCGGGAUGAUCGCACAAGAACUCGGCCUCCUCAUCCCCCAAAGAAUAUGCAGCCUCAACCUCGUCUCCACCGCCCCCCGCAUCGUCCGCACCCUGCCCUUCGUGGAGAACAUUCGCAACCGCAUCAACCUCAUGUGGCCCAAACCGCUCGACGAACAGAUAGCCAAAGUCAAAGCGGACUGCUACUCCGCUGAAUGGCUCGCAAAACCCGAUGAAACCGAGUUCGAGGUCCAAGCUUUCCCUACUAAUGGAGAUCGUUUCGCUGCCGGGGAGAUAAGCAAACGCACUUCGCCAGGGACGUUCACGAGGACGGGCUUUAUGUGCCAGUUGUAUGCGGCGGGUUUCCAUCAUAAGUCUGCGGAGCAGAUAAAAGCAUUGGGUGACGCUGUGGGGCGUGAGAGGAUCUUGGUUCUGCAUGGCACAAAGGAUCAGAUGAUCAAUUUCAUACAUGCUGAGAUGAUGCUGAGGGAGCUGGGUGGUGAGGAAGCGGGCGUGACGAAGAUGUUCAAGGAAGGCAUCGGACAUGUUGCGCCGUUUGAGAUACGGAAGGAAUUUAACAGCUGCAUAGCGGACCGAGUAGAAAAGGCCGAAGGAAUGGCGAAGCGAUAG